UUUCAUGGCAGUUUUCAAAAUGGCGCGCUACAGGAACGAAUGAAUGAAAUCAACAUCCGAUUACGACGCACGUGAGAAUAACGCUACUCUACAAAAAAAAAGGACGGACAGGUCUAGAGUCGACUUACUUACAGGGAAUACAGCACAUCUAUCAACACCAAGUACACCCACGAGGGCAACAGCAAAGAUGUCAAAGCGAAGAGCAGGAAUGGAGCUUACCCACGACAAUUGGGACCAAGAGGAGGAGGAGGCAGAGGAAGCUGGUACUUUUAGCGUUGCUGACAAGGAUACCUUAUCCAGACGACCGAUGAUCAAAGCUAAGAGGAGAGUCACAGAAAAACAACAGGACGAGAGUGAGCCCGCAGCACAGACGCCGUUCGCUGCAUUUAAAGGAUUCUCCGGGUUUGGAAGCGCCACACAACAGACUUCAACCGCCUCAUUCGGCUUCAAACCGGUUUCAACCGCUUCCCCCACUGCACCCGUAACACAGAGCACAGUCUCGUUCGGUUCCGCAGCGUCAUCCAACACGGUCAAACUUCAAGCUAAGACAACCUUCAGCUUCAAACCAAGCGCAGAGUCGCAACCAUCGACAAACAUGUUCACAUUAGGCAAAACAGAUACGGACCCCAAGACCUCGUCAAACGGGAGUUCUUUAUUCUCUAAAUCGGAAAAUGGCGGCAAGGGGACGGAUGUGUACGCCGAUGAAAUUAGGGCGUUGAAUCGGUCUGUGAGUGCAUGGAUUCAGAAACAUGUAGAGGGCAAUCCCGUUUGUGACUUGACGCCUAUUUUCGAGGAUUAUAAGAAGCAUCUGGGAGAAAUCGAAGAGAAGCAAGCAAAGGGGAAAGAAGGAGGAGGGGGAGGGGAGCAGAGUAAAACAAAACCACAGCUUGCCACAGUCAGCCCUCUAUUGACAGAGCAAGGGAAGUCUUCCAGCACAACAGCAGUUUCAUUCACAGGAUUCAAGUUCGCUGGAGGUCCAGCAGCUGCAGCAGAAAGCGAGAAGGCGCCGUCAGCUCCGAAAGUCAGUUUCGGCUUUGGGGCUGCAUCCUCCGAUAACAAGGGCUUCAGCUUUGGGGCCACAACCUCCGAUAACAAGAACUUAGGCUUUGGGGGCGCUUCUUCCGAUAACAAGAGCUUAGGCUUUGGGUCGUCAUCGUCGUCCUCUUCAACGUCGGGAUCGAUGGCAGGCAAGUUCUCUUUCGGAGACUUGACCAAAGCUGCCCCUUCCAGCCAAGUCAAGAAGGAGGAAGAGGAGGAAUCAGAUGAACCUCCAAAGGUCGAAGUGAAAGUGAUUGAGGAGAAGGACUCCCUCUAUUCCACAAGAUGUAAAAUAUUUUACAAGAAAGAAUCAGAGUUCAAGGAGAGAGGUGUAGGAAUGCUGCACAUCAAGGAUACGGGAGGGUCCGCCCAGCUUCUCAUCAGAGCGGAUACCACACUUGGAAAUGUCAUCUUGAAUGUCGGCGUUACGUCCGGCAUGCUGCCCCACUUCACCAAGCAAGGCAAGAACAAGAACAACGUCAUGAUGCUCUCCCCCCUAAACCCACCGGCCGAUAAAAAGUGCCCCAAGUGCAAAAAGAACUAUCUAAACCCCCAGGAAAGCACGGCCUGUGAGGAGGGCUGCAACCCCGACGCCACCCCUCUCCUGCUCCGCGUCAAGACUGAGGCGGACGCCGAUAAGCUGAUUGAACAGAUCAAGAAGAUCUGCGAAGAUUAGCUGGUCAUUUGGAUUUAGGAGAUAUGCGAGGAUUAACUGAUGGAGGAAAUUAGGAAGAGAUUAGUGGGUUCUGCAAGGUUUAAAUGAUUUCAAAGAUUUUGAAUGUAGAUUUCAAUAAUAACUUCUUUAAUGAAGCCCCUUUUGAUAAGAUACCAAGCGCAUGGAAAGAAAAUGCUUACAAACAAAGCAAAAGAAAAUGUUCAUACAAAGCUUACAUUGAUAACAAACAAAGAGGAAUAUUAAGAGAAAUUAGAAAAGAUGUGUUUGCAGACACCUCUUGAAAGCUGCAAGAUCAUUCAGGUGAAAUAGACAUGUUAAGAUUAAUCAAUUUGAGAGAUAAAUAGGAUGCACAAUGAUCAACUGAUUUGAAAGAUUAAAGAUAAUUAAUGAGUUUAAGGAGAUCUGCUAGGAUUAAUUGGCUGGAAUGCUCCCCAGGGAGUGGAAAAUGUGCAUACAUUGUGUGCGGGUAAGCCUGAAUCCGAUGACCGGGGUAAUAAGAUAUCUGUAAAGCGCUUAGGCACAUCGUUGGAUCGAUGUAUUGAGCGCUAUAUAAACACAGAAUAUUAUUAUUAUUAUUAUUAAUUGAAUGGAGAGAUGAAGAGUCGCAUGUAUGAGGAUAAACUGGUAACCUUGAAAAUAGCAUCUUGUAUGGUGACUUUAUAAAGUAAUAUUUUGCAGGGAUAAAUAAUUCAAGAUUUUGAAGAUUUUUGAAGUUUCAUUCAUCAUUUUGAGAUACUUGGAUAAAGAAUUAAUUAAAUAGAUGCACUUAUUUAAUAAUUUUACUGAUUAUCAACAUCAGCAGAAUAUUUUAUAUUAUACGGUGUUGCAAGAGAAAUACUGAUUUUGUGAAACACCAAAUAUAAGAAACUGCUAGAGAAUGUCGUUUCAUGAG